CGCCGGUUUCUUAUUCUUAAACUACCCUUACGACGUUAGUUGGUCUAUUUGUAGUCCAAGCAUCUGCAAAUCUCCAUCCAAAUAUAGUCCGACUUCUAAUUUACCCGGCUGUGUCUUCGUUCCUGCUUGCAGAUUUCCCGGCGACGCAUCAGCAACCCACCAUACUUCGAAGUAAGAAGCAGCGAAACAUGUAUUUCCCGCCGAAGCAGCAACAACCCACCACACUCAAUCUUAAUAACAAGGAAAUUAUAUCAGAUGUGCAAAUUUCAUGAUUUGAAUUUAGAGGAUGAAUUGUUCAUUGUGGAGCAUAUUGAAUACAGACCUUAUUAUGGAUGGAAUGUUGCUUUCUGGUGAAAACAUACCUUAUUGAGGAUGAAAUGCUGCUUUCUGGUGAUGUGUUUUUAAGGAAAUGAUACUUCAGAAAACCAUCAUCUCUAAUGUAUCUAAAAGAGAUGAAUUGGAAGAAAAUGAUUCUGAAUGGACAGACCUCGGCUGGGUAGUGUCCGCUGUGAUUGAACAAUCAGUAAGGACUUUUAAUUUUUUGCUAUGGCUUUUGGAUUAUAAAUGGAGAAUGACGCUGAUGGGAUGAAAUAAAUGUUGCUGUUGUGUUUUCUUUUUAUACAGCUCCAUCAAAUUUUUGUGACUUUUGUAUCUUAGGUCAAAAUCCUAAUCUGUUUAGCGGAGGCAUUGAGUGUGGCAUUGCCCUUUGGGUUUGUUGUCAUUUCUAGAUCAAACAAAUGGCAUUGGCAUUAAUAUGACCUUUAGAUAGCUAAGUGACAUGAUCUAUUUGAAUCAGCUUCAGUUUAUUAACCAAGGUUCAUCAAAUAAUGUUAUGUCAUUGCCAGAGCUUCUUCAUCUUGUUGAAAGUGUUGUCAGGCUUUUUAGUGCUUCAUUCACAAGUGAUGUGUCGUGGUCUCUCGCCUACUAUGGAAGUCCACCUCAUCUUCACGUCAAGGUUGCUUUUCACAGUUCAGAAAGGUGUUGGAGUUCAAGCCCAGAUAAAAGGACAUCAGUCCCUUACCCAGAUUUUCAUAAUUUAAUGGUUGUGAAAUAUGGAUAGCAAUUUUCAAGUUCAUGAUGAGUGUAUGAAUGAUUAAAUUCUUGGGAAACUCUCUGCUUUCUUGGUAGGGGUAAGAGACGGAUCCGUCGAAACCGUAAAAAGAAAUAUCUAGUCUCUAGUCUUUCUCUAUUUUGAUAUCCUUCAUCUUAUUGCUCGACUCAUCCCCACCUCCAUGAUAAUGUUCCAUGUCUUUCAUUCUUUUAUUGAGAGUAGAAUCAGUGAUAACAUCCACAUCCCGUUCCAAGCGAUCAUCCUUAGAUUCCUCAAAGGCUUCAAUCAAACUCUGCAUGAUAAAGAGUAAAAAAGUUAAUUAACUUUCAUCAAGAAUAAAUGUUGCUUCCUUAAAAAUAUUAGUUACAGGCAGUUUUGUUCUAUAAAAUGAGAUAAGUUUAUGAACUUUUAUCUCUAAAAAAGUUCCAGUCCUUGUUUAUCAUUCAAAAAAACUGGCAGGUUUAGUACCACAAAAGUACCUACACUUUUAUUGUUCUAACACAAGAAAGUUGGUUAUAAAAAAAUGUGUGUGCAAUUCUGAAGGUUCACAGAAGUACCACAAAACUAUUGAUUAAUACCAAAAAUGUACUAUGAUGAAGACAUGAAAGACCCUUUGAGUGUAGAUGAAAGAAAGCUGAAUGAAAGUAAGCAGAUGGAUUUUGCAAAGGUUGAGAAACGUGUGCCAAUUACAGGUGAGUCUUUUUAUGUUUUAAGUUAUAACCAUUUCCUGAGGUCCAUAUUCUAUGCUAAAAUACUCAAUAUUUGACAGUCAACACCUUUGGAGUAUCAUGUAAUGAGUCAAGUAAGAUUCUUGAAAUCUUCAGUUGAAGAUUUACAAUAGAAGAUGGUCUCAUAAGACUGCCAUUGAUGGCUAUGGUCUCAAUGCCUAUCAAAUUUUGAGCAUGGACAGAGUGUUACAUCAUAAAACGGAUUAAAUCCAAUCUGUAUUGUCCCCAGUCAGUCAUUCUUAGAGAUAGACCAAAUCAUAAUGCAAUUUUUCCAAGAAAGACUCAAACACAGCUGCCUAUCAAACACAGUGGCGUUACACCAAAAAAGAACAUUGACUUAUUCUGUGAAAUCUCACUUGAAGAUUUACAAUAGAAGAUGGUCUCAUAAGAUUGCCAUUGAUGGCUAUGGUGUCAAUGCCUAUCAAAUAUUGAGCAUGGACAGAAUGUUACAUCAUAAAACACAUUAAGUCCAAUCCGUAAGGUCCCCAGUCAGUCAUUCUAAUUGAUAGACCAAAUCAUAAUGCAAUUUUUCCAACAUAAAAUUCCCAGCUGCACAGUCUACGUUCUGCCUAGCAAAAGAGACCAAAAAAAGUGGGUUUUCAUUCAUAAGUGUAGUGUGUUUUCAGUAACUGCAUUCUCCAUUUCAA